AAUUCGGCCACCUAUCGGCCUUUUUAUCUUAGGACUCAUCAUGCCUAAAUUCAAGAAAGGAAAAAAGAAGUUGCCACCAGUUCCUACUGUUGCUAGGAAGGUGGAACCAAAGAAAGUGGUCAACCCCCUGUUUGAGAAAAGACCAAAGAACUUUGGUAUUGGUCAAGAUAUCCAACCCAAGAGGGAUCUAACACGUUUUGUAAAAUGGCCCCGUUACGUGAAGAUCCAAAGGCAAAGGGCCGUUCUCUAUAAACGCCUCAAAGUUCCACCACCAAUCAAUCAGUUCAGGCAGAAUCUUAGCAAAGAUUUAGCAACUCAGACGUUUAAACUUCUGGACAAAUAUCGUCCAGAGACCAGACAUCAGAAAAAAGCACGUUUAAGGGCCCGUGCCGAGAAACGAGCUGCAGGUAAAGCAGACACACCAACAAAACGCCCCCCUGUUGUUAGGUCUGGAGCCAAUACUGUGACCUCCCUUAUAGAACAGAAAGCAGCCCAAUUAGUUGUCAUUGCUCAUGAUGUUGAUCCCAUUGAGCUUGUACUCUUUAUGCCUGCACUGUGUCGUAAAACUGAUGUCCCCUAUUGCAUCGUAAAAGGAAAGGCUCGUCUUGGCAGAGUUGUCAACACAAAGACCUGCUCAUGUCUGGCCAUCACCGACGUCUAUCCGGAAGACAAGUCAAAUUUGAAUAAUUUAAUCACAGCCAUCAGGACAGACUUCAACGACAGGUUUGAUGAGAUUCGCCGUCAUUGGGGUGGUGGUAUUUUGGGUUGCAAGUCCCGGGCCAAGUUAAGUAAGUUGGAGAGAGUGCGUGCUAAAGAAAUAGCACAGAAGCUGGGUUAAUUUUCUUUUGUGGAAUUGACGAAAAUAAAUAUACUACAGAAAAAAAA